AUGAUGCCUACCAACUUGAUGAACGACUCAAUGUCUCCGAAGAAGAGCAGCAGUUUGCAGCAGCCUCAGGCUACAAAUGCCCCUCAAGAACAGCAGCUUUCUGCCCUAUUGCAGCCUGAAUAUGAUUAUGACCUUUUUAGUCAUGCAGGCGCGUCCUCCCUGUUUCCCAAUGAUGAGGCUAGCUAUGACCGUUCCAGCAGUGCUCCUCCCAUUCAAGGCUUGUCCAGAGGUGCGCGUGAUAUGAAAUCCAGCAGUACACAUGGUGGCACACCCGCCUCUUCUGGUGCUCAAGCAUCCUCUGCUUAUGAUCCUGGUCAAGCCUGGAAAUUGUGGAAAAAUGGAAGUUCCGAUAAUGAAAUUAUUCCCGGGCAAGAAACAAAUGAUAGCAUUCGCACUCAACAGCAACGUCAAUUGUAUCAUCAGCAACAGCCUCAUCAAGGCGAUUUGUUGAAUCGCAAGGGAAAAUUUGUCGACAUCAUUCAGCAGGACUUCCCUCGCACACCUUCGCCCAUGUUUGCCUUCCAAAACGACGGUGGUGUUGAUUUAGACGCUGUCAAUAGAAUGUAUGCUAACAGCAGCAGUAGUUAUGACAGUUUGCUACAACAGCAACAACAGCAGCAGCAUCAACAGGCCUCUGGUAGUCAACAAAAUGGUGUGCCUUCUCGUAUCAACGCUCUGCGAUCCUCAAUGUCUCCUCAAUUUUCUCCUGCUCGUUCCAGCUCUACACCUCCCACGAGUCGAGGUGCUCCUGCUGCUGCUGCUGCCAUCAACCCUGCUACAGGCUAUUACGAAGGCGGCGCUGAUGACAUGUUGAUGAAGCAGUUUGGCAGUUUUGGUCUUGGUGAUGAAGACGAUUACAUUCGUUACAAUGCUACUAGCAACAUGCGCCAGCAGCAACAGCAACCUUCUUACCCUUAUUAUGGUGCCGACAGCAACCCACUUUCCAAUGCUGCUCUUGAUCUAGCUGGAAACGAAGAAUACGAGUCUGUUUAUGGCAAAUGGUCCAGUGAAGAUGCUGCUGCUGCCUACCAUUUACGCAGCAAGCAAGGCCCACUGACUGCUCCUGCUCCUUACGAUCCCACUGGAUUCCCUAUAGCGGAUGCGCUCAGCAACAAUGACAAAAAGUUGCGUGCUCUCCAAUUGCAACAGCAACAAAUUCUGAUUAGACAACAACAGCAACAAUUGCUCGCUGCUCGUCAGCAACUUUUGCUCCAACAGCAGCGCUAUGGCAACGCUCACAACACCGGCCCUGGCGGCAACAUGAAUCAGCAUCAUCACGCCAACCAUUCACGCGGUAGUCGUCAGCAACAUCAACAAGACCACGCCUCUAGAUCGCCCUCUCAGGAUCUUGCUUUGAGCAUUCGAUCUGCUCUGUUGGAAGAAUUCAGAAACUCCAAGAACAAAAAGUACGAAUUGAAGGAUAUCGCAGGCCACAUUGUAGAAUUCAGCGGUGAUCAGCAUGGAUCUCGAUUCAUCCAGCAAAAGUUGGAGACUGCCAACAGUGAAGAAAAGCAAAUGGUCUUUGAAGAAGUGCUCCCCAACGCCCUUCAGCUGAUGACAGAUGUCUUUGGUAACUAUGUGCUGCAAAAGUUCUUUGAACAUGGCAAUCAGAUGCAGAAAUCCAUCUUGGCCAAGCAGAUGGAAGGCCAUGUGCUGUCAUUGUCGCUGCAAAUGUACGGCUGUCGUGUCGUGCAAAAGGCCCUGGAGCAUGUAUUGACUGAACAGCAAGCAACUUUGGUGGGCGAAUUGGACGGUUGUGUGCUAAAAUGCAUCAAGGAUCAAAAUGGUAAUCAUGUCAUCCAAAAGGCCAUUGAGCGCGUCCCUGCUCAGCACAUUCAGUUUAUCAUUGAUGCGUUUCAUGGACAAGUCUACAAUCUGGCCACUCAUCCCUAUGGCUGUCGUGUUAUUCAGCGCAUGUUUGAGCACUGCACUGAGUCGCAAACUGGGCCUUUGUUGGAUGAACUGCACCGCUGCACUAACCAGCUGGUACAAGAUCAGUAUGGCAACUACGUGAUUCAGCAUAUUUUGGAGCGCGGAAGACCUGAGGAUAAGGCCAAGAUUGUCGAGAAGAUUUUGGGACAAAUUUUACCUCUGAGUAAGCACAAGUUUGCUAGCAACGUGGUCGAGAAGUGCGUCGACUAUGGCAGUAAGCGUGAUAGACAGCUCUUGAUCGAAGAGGUGAUCCAAAACCGUGCUGAUGGAACAUAUCCCCUUGUUACUAUGAUGAAGGAUCAGUAUGCCAACUACGUCGUGCAAAAGAUGUUGGAUGUCGUUGAUGAUGACCAGCGCGAGAUUCUUGUCAACAAAAUUAGACCUCAUUUACAAUCCCUCAAGAAGUAUACCUAUGGAAAGCAUCUUAUUCAGAAGGUUGAAAAGUUAGGCGUUACUUAUGGCCUACACGAUCCCAAUCUUGAUCAGCAACCAGCCGCCUUGGAUGAUGCAUCAGCCGCCAAUCAAGAUGAUAACCAUCAAUCAGCAGCUUUGACCUCACCACCGCAACACCUUGAUGAUAACAAUGAUAACGUAGCUUAG